AUGGCACUUAGUGGAAUAUGGCAGACUCUAAAUGUUGACCCGCCACCUGAUUUUGAUAUGGAGGAAGAACUGUUUGGUGUUGUUUACCAGUCAAUGCUGCCAAAUGAUCGAAUAAAAGAAAUAGUUCAGAUGAAGAUUCCAGGAGCUCAUUUAGAUAGUGGUGAUAUUUUGUUUACUGGCCGUGAGUUUUUGAUUGGGUUGUCUGAAAGAACUAAUACUUCUGGAAUUGAGGAGUUCUCUCAGUUUUUUCCCUCAUGGUCUGUGACUGGGAUCAAGGUCCCUAGAGGUGUUCUCCAUCUUACAUCUCUCUGUUCUAUUUGUGGUAUAGAUACCAUAGCAAUAGGUGGAAGCCCUCAAGGACAGGAAGUUUGGAAAGAGAUAGAAAAGCUUGCCCAACAUAGCUACAAGCGAGUCGUCUUUCCUGAUAAUAAUGGUGCUAAUUGUCAAUUUAUAAAUGGGGUCAUAUGUCAUCCUCCUCGAGAUGAGUACCCUGAGAGUUUUAAAGUAUGGGAAACCUUUGAUACUCCACGGAUCUCUCUACCUAAUUCUGAACUGGCUAAAGCUGACGGUUCUCUAACAUGUAAUUCAUUGAGUAUCAGAUAG